AAUCAUCACGAGCAAACAUGGUUGUGUGGACAGAUGAAGAGCGCGCAGCCAUCUCCGACAUCUUCUCCAAGCUAGACUAUGACGACGUUGGCCCAAAGUGCCUGUCAAGGUGUCUGAUCGUUUACCCCUGGACCCAGAGGUACUUCGGGGCCUUCGGCAACCUGUACAACGCAGAGGCCAUCAUGAACAACCCUCUGAUCGCUAAGCACGGCACCACGGUGCUGCGCGGUCUGGAAAGAGCUCUGAAGAACAUGGACGACAUAAAGAACACAUACGCCGAGCUGAGCAUUCUGCACUCCGAGAAACUGCGCGUGGAUCCCGACAACUUCAAGCUGUUGUCUGACUGUCUGACCAUCGUCAUCGCUGCGAAGAUGGGCACCGCCUUCACCCCCGAGUAUCAGGCAUCCUUCCAGAAGUUCUUGUCCGUGGUGGUGUCCGCUCUGGGCAGGCAGUACCACUAGAGUCAGUCCUCUAUACCUGACAGAGGAGACAUGUGUUUCACCCCUCAAUGAAAAAUAAAAGAAGCAUAGAAGCAUCUGUUUGUUGAUUUUUUAAAUGUUUAUUUUACUCUUGCGUAAUUGUAUGCAUAUGGGGCUAGACAAAUUGCACUUUAAGCAUGGCUAAUAGAAUAAGACAACUUACAAAGUUUUAAUGUUUUCAAUGGUUAUUUCAUAUCUAGAUGUUCGAUCUACACAUUAUAAAUAAUACAUUUGCCAAUAUGAACAAGUUCGCGAAUGCAUGCACAUUGCCUACAAGUUGACAGAUUUGGCCCGGCUGAAUUGUAUAAUGUUGUUGGCUGUAAAACGUGAC